AUGGCUGAGAGAGACCCAGGCAGCAACCAGAGGCAGAAUGAGGAAAUUGAAGCAAUGGCAGCUAUAUAUGGCGAGGAAUGGUGUGUCAUGGAUAACUGUGCCAAAAUAUUCUAUAUUAAAAUUAAUGACAAUAAAGAUGACCCCAAAUGGACACUUGGCUUGCAGGUGAUACUAUCUAAUGAAUAUCCAGAGACAGCCCCACCUAUUUAUGAACUGAAAGCUCCUUGGCUUAAUGGGCAAGAAUGUGUGGAUUUAUCGAAUAGCCUUGAGGCAAUAUAUAUACAGAAUAUUGGUGAAAGUAUUCUCUACCUAUGGGUGGAGAAAAUAAGAGAUGUUUUAAUACAAAAAUCUCAUAAGGCAGAAACAGGCCCUGAGGUAAAGAAGAAAACUGAAGAGGAAGAUGUUGAGUGUGAAGAUGAUUUCAUUUUAGCUUGCCAGCCAGAAUAUUCAGUUAAAGCACUGGAUUUUGAGAUCAGUGAAAAUCAAACAGAAAUAGAAGAAUUACCUCCAAUUGAUCAUGGCAUUCCUAUUACAGACCAAAGAAGUACUUUUCAGGCACACUUAGCUCCUGUAGUUUGUCCUAAACAGGUGAAAAUGGUUCUUGCCAAAUUGUAUGAGAAUAAGAAAAUAGCUAGUGCUACCCACAACAUCUACGCCUACAGAAUAUAUUGUGAGGAUAAACAGACCUUCUUACAGGACUGUGAAGAUGAUGGGGAAACAGCAGCUGGCGGGCGUCUUCUCCAUCUCAUGGAGAUUUUGAAUGUGAGGAAUGUCAUGGUGGUAGUAUCACGCUGGUAUGGAGGUAUUCUGCUAGGACCAGAUCGCUUUAAACAUAUCAACAACUGUGCCAGAAACAUACUAGUAGAGAAGAAUUAUGCAAAUUCACCGGAGAAAUCAUCUAAGGCUUUGGGAAAGAACGAAAAAGUAAGAAAAGACAAGAAGAGGAGUGAACCUUAGUGCCUGAAACUCUAUGAAAGGUUAAUUUGCCUAUAAUUAAAUACAAAUUACACAGUCAUCAAGGAAUAUAUUGUGCAGAGAGAAGAUGCUUGACUGCUCAAGUCUGCCAAUUCAUUGUGGACACCAACAUUAUCUUUUCUUCUUUGGUUAUAUCAUCUGCCAAAAAUAGAGAACUUAAUGAUAUAUUCAUUGUGUUUCAGGCUUAUUGA